AUGGAUUUUUCCAGUAAGCAAGAUGUGGAAAUUGAAAUGAAGUUCCCUGCUGAUGACUUUUACAACCUCCUGAAGGGCAAAAUUCAGCACCUUUCAACAAUCUCCUCCGACCAAAAAAAAACAAUCUCCUCCGACAAGUCCCUCACUUUCACCGCUUUGGAAGGAGAUCUCCUAGCGCAUUACAAGAGCUAUAAGGCCACUGUUAAGAUUACUCCAAAGCCUGAAGGUUGCUUGGUGAAAGUUACUGUAGAUUAUGAGAAACUAAACGAGGAUGUUCCAGCUCCUGACAAGUACCUUGAUUUUGUCGUCAAUGUCGUCAAGGAUAUCGAUGCACACAUAAUUAAGCCAUAA